CGGGUGGUGUGGAGACGGAGGUACCUGGAGGGGACCGCGGAGUCGUGCCGUCGGGACCGGUCAUUGGGGCAUGAGCCGAGGGACGCCGUCGCAGCCACGAGUAUUGCAUAGAGAUUGAUGGAAGCAGAAACCAAAACUCUUCCCCUGGAGAAUGCAUCUAUCCUUUCGGAGGGUUCCCUACAGGAAGGGCACCGGUUAUGGAUCGGCAACCUGGACCCCAAAAUCACAGAAUACCACCUCCUCAAGCUCCUCCAGAAAUUUGGCAAAGUAAAGCAAUUUGACUUCCUCUUUCAUAAGUCAGGUGCUCUGGAGGGACAGCCCCGAGGCUACUGCUUUGUUAACUUCGAAACCAAGCAGGAAGCAGAACAAGCCAUCCAGUGUCUCAAUGGCAAGCUGGCUCUAUCUAAGAAGCUGGUGGUGCGAUGGGCUCAUGCGCAAGUAAAGAGAUAUGAUCAUAACAAAAAUGAUAAGAUCCUUCCAAUCAGCCUUGAGCCGUCCUCCAGCACCGAGCCCACUCAGUCUAACCUCAGUGUCACCGCAAAAAUCAAAGCCAUUGAAGCAAAGCUGAAAAUGAUGGCCGAAAACCCUGAUGCUGAAUAUCCCGCAGCACCUGUUUAUUCCUACUUUAAGCCAUCAGAUAAAAAAAGGACUACUCCUUAUUCCAGAACAGCGUGGAAAGCUCGAAGAUGAUGCUUGUGAAUUUCUGGGGCAUCAGAAGCAAAUGGGUUUCCGCACCUGACAUCCUCUGUCUUUGUCCUUUCUAGAUGUGAAUGGUAUAGCCACCAGAGCACAAUCACACGUUAGCGGUUGAUACGUAACAUUUUUGAAUUUUAUUAUGGAUGUUUCUUCCCUGAAGCCUGUGUGGAAUUGAGCAUCAUCCAGAAUAAAUUCGAUUGUAUCCAAAAUUG